ACACACAUACAGUGUGUUUGCUGGGAAGGGGAUAGUCCAGGGGAAACUAGGGAUUACAUUGUCUACCUGCUUGUGAAGGAAUUAUUUCCCUCUCUGGAAUUUCCAUUAAGGAGAUCUUGGAACAACAUCCUAAAGGAGCCACAGCCACAUUCUUAUCAUCAAAACCCAGUGACAUCACUACUAUCACCCGAUCUGCAACCUAUUUGCCAGCCGUCAGCAUCAUCGCUCGACUGCAACAUUAGCGCCGAACACGUUUGACAUCAUCAAGGAGACCAUGAGCAGCAACUACAGCGCCACUCUGUUAGGCCCUGCCCCAUGGGGCUUCAGGCUGCAGGGAGGGAAGGACUUCAAUAUGCCCCUCACCAUCUCCAGGCUGACAGAUGGUGGGAAGGCGGCUAAAGGUGGCAUUGGCAUUGGAGACUUGGUUCUGUCUAUUGACGGCAUCGCCACGGAGGGCAUGAACCACCUGGAGGCCCAGAACAAGAUCAAGAGCUGCACUGGCAACCUCAGCCUCACCCUGCAGAAGGCCCCCAGUGUUACAAAAUCUCCUCCUCCUGUGGCACCAAAGGACAACAGAUCAGACAUCAUAAAACCAGUGGCCCUCACCCAUCCCCCUCCACCAUCUCACCCCCACCCUCACUCCUCCAGCCCCUCCACCAUCCACUACAACAAGGCCCCCCGACCUUUCGGGUGCUGUGCAGAGAGCGGGUACCCUCCCUCACAGUCACCUUCCACUCCCUUCAUCCCAUCCCCAUCCUCUGCCUUCACUCCUGCCUCCUCCCAAACCAGCUCUCCUCCUCCCCCUCCACCUCCUGUCUCUUACCCAUCCUCUUCCUCCUCCUCCUCCCCGCCUGUCCUCGUUGCGCCCCAGCCAUCAGUGUAUAACACACCGAUCAACCUCUACUCCACUGAGAACGCAUGUGAGGUGGCCAUGGGGCAGAGGCGGGGCCUGUUGGAGAGUCAGGGCGGAGCCUUGCCUUUGCAGUUUAAUGGUGGACCUCACAGUAUUCUGAAAGUUCCCAGGAAGCACGUUGUGGACACAGACAUCCAUUUUUACCAUGUGCCCACUCAUGCUGAUGCCAGCAGGAAGCGCAUAAUGGAGGAUACAGAGGACUGGCGCCCUCGCACCGGCACCACCCAGUCCAGAUCUUUCAGGAUUCUGGCUCAGAUCACCGGUACCGAGCGUGCUCAAGAUGAGGAAGCUGACGCAGCCAAGAAGUCAAAUUCCUCCACUUUUUGCUCUUCUAGUUGUCUCACUAAAUCUGAGACACUCAGUGGGAAGGUCAGUGACAGAUCUGCAACGCAUCAAUCCUCUGACCAAGUAUUGGCUUCACUCUCAGCCUUCAGUAGACUGAAUGAUGCAGGAGCCACAUCUGAUCACAUUGACCAACCAAGGCCACAAGCAUCAGGCUCAUCAGCUAAUCAUAAAUGGCCAGAAGAGGGCGCUACAGUCCCCGACUAUGUCCUCAUUCCCAAACCUGGCAGCCUCUUUGAACCUCAGCAUGAAGAGAACAAUACGUCAUCUGCAGCACCCCUUCACUUGGUUGCCGUCCCAAUGAUGUAUUCGAGUUCUGUCGACAUGUUUUGUCAAAUACACCCGACCCAUUUGUCUAACAUGAACUAUCCAUUAGCUCCAGUGCUGGUGCCAUUAACAUACACAAGUUCAGUCCCAAGCCAGAUCCCAUCAUCUCAUGCCCAGAGGCCAGAUGACACUUCCCUUGAUGCAGUGUUUAUGCCAGCCAACAUCCCACAGUUUCUUGGAUCGAAUCCUGUUUAUACCCAAACUCCAGCAUCUUGUUUAUCUGUUUCUAGUAUAUUACCUGCUCAAGGGUUAUACUUGUCACAUGGUGGCGACCUCUCAUUAGUCCAAAACCAAGCACCGGAGGCUUUGUCUGAUCCUGUCCCAGCUGCUGCAGAUAGUACAGCUACAGAGCCGGCGAGCUUUCAACUGCCCACAGCUGAGAGCAGUUUCCCUGUGGCACCACUAGAGGGCAGCAAAGGCCCAGAAAAGUUGGAGUCCAGCAGGCGUUUGACUGAUGAUGAUGAGGAUGACCACAGAUUGUAUAGACAAGCUACCGCACAAACUCCAUCUGACCUUUCUCCUCAACACAGUUUCAAAGUCCAGGUCAAUACUGAUCGAGCACAUAUAUCAGCACGUCAUCAUGCACUUUCUACCAAACCAGUAAGGAGAGAGCUCCUGUCAAGUCCUCUAGACUUCCUUCCCAGAGCAGCUCCCUGUCCCCCUCCUCUCACCCCUAGUGCCCCCAAACAGCUCACACAAAAUACACAGCACCGCAAUCCAGAGCAAGCGAGAAAAACUUAUCAGAGCAGUCCGUGGCCUCCUGAGAAGGCAGUGUCACAGUCCUUAUUGGAUGCCCUGCUCAUCACUCCAAUAAGUCAAGCUCCGCCGCUACGCUUGAGGAAGAAGAAGCGUCGUAGCGUCAGUGAGCUGCACCUGCCCAAGAACAAGAGGGUGUCUUGGCAUCAGUCUGCCACAGAAGAGGGGGACCCUCUCUUCUCUUCUCCCGUUGAUGCUGUCUAUGUCUUUAGUGAAGAGGGAGAGGAGCCGGAGCUCAGCAGCCAUGAGUCUGCAGUUAUCAAGACCAUGACCAAAGGACCUGCAGCAAUUCGGGGUCACAGACCACAGGCUGGUUUGAUCACCCCAUCUUUCGGGAUGAAGGGUAAUGGAAGUGCCAGCGUCCCGAGGGGUCCUGUCCCAGCCCGACCUUUACCUCAGCCCCACCCUGAGGACACCUUGGUCCAGAUGGCAGAGCACAUCCCUGCUGGGACUCGCACGCCCAUGUGUGCCCACUGCAACAUGGUCAUCAGGGGGCCAUUUUUGGUAGCAAUGGGGAAAUCAUGGCAUAAGGAGGAAUUUAACUGUGCCCACUGCCGUACAUCCCUAGCGGAUAUAGGCUUUGUGGAAGAACGGGGAUCUGUCUACUGUGAACACUGCUAUGAAGAGUUCUUCGCUCCCACAUGCAGCCGUUGCCAGGCCAAGAUCCUUGGGGAGGUGAUAAACGCCCUCAAACAGACAUGGCACGUCUACUGCUUUCUAUGCGCCUGCUGUCAGCAGCCGAUCCGAAACAACACCUUCCACCUGGAGGAUGGAGAGCCGUAUUGUGAACAAGACUUCUACAAUAUGUUUGGAACUGGCUGCCAUGGCUGUGAGUUCCCCAUCGAGGCUGGAGACAAGUUCUUGGAGGCCCUUGGUUACACCUGGCAUGACACCUGCUUCGUCUGCACAGUGUGUUGCACCACUCUGGAAGGCCAGACCUUCUUCUCCAAGAAAGACAAACCUCUUUGCAAGAAACAUGCUCACACACUGAAGAUAUGAGUCUUGGACUUUUCUCAGAAUAUUCUAGCUAUACAUUCUCCUUUGGUCGAUGGGGUGGGAAGGCCUCUUAGUAGUUCAUGCAACAGUAAAACCCAAGCAAUACUUAGAAGCAUAGAGGUAAAAAUAAGGGAAACACUGCCAUGAAUGCAAAGUAAGCUUAUUCUUGUCCAGAGACCUAGACCCAGUGUAAACAUAAUCUAAAGUACUCAUCUCUUGUGAUUUCUAUUAUAAACAGCAACAAAGCUUGUAGUAAAGGAUCACUGUUUGACCAAUUUUAUUUGGAUUUUAUUUGCUUCUGCAUACAAAUGUAGAAGUUUUACUGACAAAUGGUGCAGUGUAUGUCUACUACCAUGAGCAAUUACCAAAGUCAGACAUUUAAUACUGUCUAAAAUGUAGUGAUCCAAGUCUUUAUUUUUAAAUCCAGAGUUUUAAUCUUUAGUUUCUCAGAUGCAUCACAGUGAGAUCAUCACAUUUACCACUGAAAGCCAGUGUAAGCAGAGGCUCAGGUUACCUGUUAAAUCACGACACCUGCAAUUAGAUAGUACCAGAAAUGUGUGAAAAUGUAUUUUCAAACCCAAACUAAAGGAAUUCAGACAGAGGAGAAUAUCUGACAGUUAGUUUUCUAAGCAGGUGUUUAUUUUUGUUUGUGUAGCUGUAAUUAAAUUUAAUAAUCUGAUCCGCAGCCAUUAAGACAGGUUCAAUAGAAUAUCAGCGAUCCAAUUCCCUGUGUCAAAUGUUGUAAUAUUUUGUUUUUGUGCUCUUUGCUUUAUGAGAAUCUACAUAAAAAAAUGUUGGACUGUGCUUACAAGUUGUUUCAAUACUGUACAGGUGAGCUGGAUGUCGGGGGGGUGAUGGUGAAACCUUUAUGUUUUUUAUUUCCUAUUUGUCGUGUGAAAUUUGUAACAAUGGCCAAAAUGUUUGAAUGAAUAGGCCAGAUUUAGUCACAUACAACGGUGAAGCACUUCAUGGACAGAGAGAAAGAGUAGUAGUCUUGAUAUUAUGGAGGACAGAACCGGCCCUAAAUAUAAGCUAAAUAAAUAAGUAUACAAACAAAAUAAAUAAAUGUAUAACAAAAUAUAUAGAGACUACAGUAUAUUAUGUAUAUCUUUGUUCUUCUCCUAACUUUGAUAGAGUGACAUAUCUUGACAAUUGCAUUAUAUUGGCAGAAAUAUGUUUUCUAUACUAAGUGCCAUAUAGUUUAAUGAAUUCUAUUAAUAUUUUACUUAUUUUACCUCAUGUUAUUGUAUUUUAUAAUAAUUGCAUCCAUUUCCGGUUAAUUCAGUCCUCCAUGCUUCAUAAAAGUGAGCAGCUCUUUCUGUCCUGGCCUGCAAGAAAACAUGGUUACUAUAAUCCUUGUGUAGUAAAUUGUGUAUUUUAUUUUGUCUAGAGGUGAGAAAUGUCUUAUCUAACGAUAUGUAUUUAACAUUUUGGGUGACUGGGAGCAGUGCAGGGAGCAGACAGGGUGUUGUUAUUUCUCUGUUUUAAGUAUCUCCCUUCACUGUUCACUAACCGUCCCAACGUGCUGACUCUGAGAUAUUUACUUUUCAUUAUGGCUGAGGGGUACACAUGGUCACAAAUAUUUUCUUUAGUUUGCAAACACCAGAACAAAUGGCAGCAAAACACACUUUCACAUAAUUAUCAGUCAAGAAAGCUGGGUUUUUACUCUUCAGGGAUGAAAGGGGGUGAGUACAGUGUACAGCGGUAAUCAAACAAUUCUCACCUACAAAACUACAGUCGGAACGAUUAAAACUGAUCUGAGCUGUUAAAUAAAUGAUGUGCUUUUUUAACC